AUGAGGGCUCCCACUUCCGUGGCCAGGGAUACUCCAUCACCCCCUAACCCAGCCUCUCACCCUACAUCCCAGCCUUUCACCCACCCUACCUCCCAGCCUCCCAGCCACCCUAUUUACCCACCUCCCAGCCACCCUACCUCCCAGCCACCCAGCCUUCCACCCACCCUACCUCCCAGCCACCCUACCUCCCAGCCACCCAGCCUUCCACCCACCCUACCUCCCAGCCACCCUACCUCCCAGCCUCCCAGGCUCUCACCCAGCCUCCCUACCUCCCAGUCUCUCACCCUGCCUCCCUGCCUCCCAGCCACUCUAUCUCCCUGCCACCCAGCCUUCCACCCACCCUACCUCCCUGCGUCCCAGCCACCCUACCUCCCACCCACUCAGCCACCCAGCCUCUCUGCCUUCCUGCAUCCCAGCCUCCCUGCCACCCAGCCUCCCUGCCACCCAGCCUCCCUGCCACCCAGGUUCCCUUCCACCCAGCCUCCCUGCCACCCAGGUUCCCUGCCACCCAGCCUCCCUGCCACCCAGCCACCCUGCAUUCCUGUCUUUCAGCCACCCAGCAACCCAGCCUCCCUGCCACCCAGCCUCCCUGCCGCUCACCCAGGCUCACUGCCUCUUACCCAGCAUCUCAGCCUCCACAAACAAAGAAAGCUCCGGCCAAACUCUGUACUCACACCGCUGUCCUAUGAAAACCCAACAGGAGGAAAGACACAUUUGAAAACAUACAUUUGA